CUCCGCGGCGCCUUUUCUGCACCCGCCGCUCCGCGGAUCGGGAGCCUCGGCCCUCCGCGCGGCUGCUACGAGCUGCCCCGCGCUCGGCCAGGCCCCCGCCUUAGGGAUGGCAAACUUGCGCCCCUUGGUCGCCUCCGCCAGCGCCGGCCCCCGCUCCUGCUGCUGACGGCGCCCAGGGCAAGGGACAUAGGAUGACCCCAGCCUGUCCCCUCUUACUAUCUGUGAUUCUGUCCCUGCGCCUGGCCGCCGCCUUCGAUCCCGACCCCAGCGCCUGCUCCGCCCUGGCCUCCGGCGUGCUCUACGGGGCCUUCUCACUGCAGGACCUCUUUCCGACCAUCGCCUCGGGCUGCUCCUGGACACUGGAGAACCCCGACCCCACCAAGUACUCCCUGUACCUGCGCUUCAACCGCCAGGAGGAGGUGUGCACCCACUUUGCACCCCGCCUGCUGCCCCUGGACCACUACCUGGUCAACUUCACCUGCCUGCGGCCUCGCUCGGAGGAGGCGGUGGCCCAGGCGGAGUCGGAGGUGGGGCGGCCGGAGGAGGCGGAAGCAGCGGGGUUGGAGCUGUGCGGCGGCUCAGGCCCCUUCACCUUUCUGCACUUCGACAAGAACUUCGUGCAGCUGUGCCUGUCGGCCGAGCCCUCGGAGGCCCGGCGCCUGCUGGCACCUACAGCCCUGGCCUUCCGUUUUGUCGAGGUCUUGCUCAUCAACAACAACAACUCCAGCCAGUUCACCUGCGGUGUGCUCUGCCGCUGGAGUGAGGAGUGUGGCCGUGCCGCCGGCAGGGCCUGUGGCUUUGCCCAGCCGGGCUGCAGUUGCCCCGGUGAGGCUGGGGCCAGCCCUGCCACCACCACACCUCCAGGUCCCCCUGCUGCCCACACCCUGUCCAAUGCCCUGGUGCCCGGGGGCCCACCCCCAUCUGCUGAGACCGACUUGCACUCGGGGAGCAGCAAUGACCUGUUCACCACCGAGAUGAGAUAUGGUGAGGAGCCGGAAGAGGAACCAAAGGUGAAAACCCAGUGGCCGAGGUCUGCAGAUGAGCCUGGGGUAUACCUGGCACAGACAGUGCACGGCGUGUGGGAGGAGUGGGGGUCCUGGAGCCUGUGCUCCCGCAGCUGCGGGCGGGGGUCCCGGAGCCGGAUGCGGACCUGCGUGCCCCCCCAGCACGGCGGCAAGGCCUGCGAGGGUCCCGAGCUGCAGACUAAGCUCUGCAGCAUGGCUGCCUGCCCGGUGGAAGGUCAGUGGCUAGAAUGGGGUCCCUGGAGCCCGUGCUCCACGUCCUGUGCCAACGGGACCCAGCAGCGCAGCCGGAAGUGCAGUGUGGCAGGUCCAGCCUGGGCCACGUGUCCGGGGGCCCUCACUGACACCCGCAAGUGCGGCAACCUUGAGUGUCCCGCCACAGAUGGCAAGUGGGGGCCAUGGAACUCGUGGAGCCUGUGCUCCAAGACGUGUGACACGGGCUGGCAGCGUCGCUUCCGCAUGUGCCAGGCCACGGGCGCGCAGGGCUAUCCCUGCGAGGGCACCGGAGAGGAGGUGAAGCCCUGCAGUGAGAAGAGGUGCCCAGCUUUCCAUGAGAUGUGCAGGGACGAGUACGUGAUGCUGAUGACGUGGAAGAAGGCGGCUGCUGGCGAGAUCAUCUACAACAAGUGUCCCCCCAAUGCCUCAGGGUCUGCCAGCCGCCGCUGUCUCCUCAGUGCCCAGGGCGUGGCAUACUGGGGGCUGCCCAGCUUUGCCCGCUGCAUCUCCCACGAGUACCGCUACCUGUAUCUGUCACUUCGGGAGCACCUGGCCAAGGGGCAGCGCAUGCUGGCGGGGGAGGGCAUGUCGCAGGUGGUGCGCAGCCUGCAGGAGCUGCUGGCCCGGCGCACCUACUACAGCGGAGACCUGCUCUUCUCUGUGGACAUUCUGAGGAACGUCACUGACACCUUCAAGAGGGCCACCUACGUGCCCUCAGCUGAUGACGUGCAGCGCUUCUUCCAGGUGGUGAGCUUCAUGGUGGACGCGGAAAACAAGGACAAGUGGGAUGAUGCUCAGCAGGUGUCCCCUGGCUCUGUGCACCUGCUCCGGGUGGUGGAGGACUUCAUUCACCUGGUGGGCGAUGCGCUCAAGGCCUUUCAGAGCUCCUUGAUUGUCACGGACAACUUGGUGAUCAGCAUUCAGCGAGAGCCCGUCUCGGCAGUGUCCAGCGACAUCACAUUCCCCAUGCGGGGCCGCAGGGGCAUGAAGGACUGGGUGCGGCACUCCGAGGACCGCCUCUUCCUGCCCAAGGAGGUGCUCAGCCUCUCCUCCCCAGGGAAGCCAGCUGCCUCUGCAGCUUCCAGCAGCCCUGCCAGGGGGAGGGGCCCAGGAACAGUGCCCCCUGCUCCAGGCUACUCCCAUCAGCGCCUCCUCCCGGCAGACCCCGAGGAUUCUGCCUCCUACUUUGUGAUUGGUGCUGUGCUGUACCGCACCCUGGGCCUCAUCCUGCCGCCCCCCAGGCCCCCACUGGCCGUCACAUCCCGGGUGAUGACAGUGACUGUACGGCCCCCCACACAGCCACCAGCUGAGCCCCUCAUCACAGUGGAGCUCUCCUACAUCAUUAAUGGCACCACAGAUCCCCACUGCGCCAGCUGGGAUUACUCCAGAGCAGAUGCCAGCUCAGGGGACUGGGACACUGAGAGCUGCCAGACCCUGGAGACCCAGGCAGCCCACACCCGCUGCCAGUGCCAGCACCUGUCCACCUUUGCCGUGCUGGCCCAGCCGCCCAAGGACCUGACCCUGGAGCUGGCGGGCUCCCCCUCGGUCCCCCUGGUGAUUGGCUGUGCUGUGUCCUGCAUGGCGCUGCUCACCCUGCUUGCCAUCUACGCUGCCUUCUGGAGGUUUAUAAAAUCUGAACGCUCCAUCAUCUUGCUCAAUUUCUGCCUGUCCAUCCUGGCGUCUAACAUCCUGAUCCUAGUGGGCCAGUCGCGGGUGCUGAGCAAGGGCGUGUGCACCAUGACAGCCGCCUUCCUGCACUUCUUCUUCCUCUCCUCCUUUUGCUGGGUGCUCACUGAGGCUUGGCAGUCCUACUUGGCCGUCAUUGGACGGAUGCGCACCCGCCUUGUUCGCAAGCGCUUUCUCUGCCUGGGCUGGGGUCUGCCUGCCCUGGUGGUGGCCGUGUCUGUCGGCUUUACCCGCACCAAAGGAUACGGUACAUCCAGCUACUGCUGGCUCUCCCUUGAGGGUGGCCUGCUCUAUGCCUUUGUGGGCCCUGCAGCCGUCAUUGUCCUGGUGAACAUGCUCAUCGGAAUCAUCGUCUUCAACAAGCUCAUGGCUCGAGAUGGCAUCUCAGACAAAUCCAAGAAGCAGAGGGCCGGGUUGGAGCGGUGCCCCUGGGCCAGCCUGCUCCUCCCCUGCUCAGCGUGUGGAGCGGUCCCCAGCCCCCUGCUCAGCUCAGCCUCGGCCAGGAACGCCAUGGCCUCACUCUGGAGCUCCUGCGUGGUGCUGCCCCUGCUGGCGCUCACCUGGAUGUCCGCCGUGCUGGCCAUGACAGACCGCCGCUCCGUGCUCUUCCAGGCCCUCUUCGCUGUCUUCAAUUCUGCGCAGGGCUUCGUCAUCACGGCCGUGCACUGCUUCCUGCGCCGCGAGGUCCAGGACGUGGUGAAGUGCCAGAUGGGUGUGUGCCGGGCCGAUGAGAGCGAGGACUCCCCUGACUCGUGUAAGAACGGGCAGCUGCAGAUCCUGUCAGACUUUGAAAAGGAUGUGGAUCUGGCUUGUCAGACAGUUCUGUUCAAGGAGGUGAACACUUGCAACCCGUCCACCAUCACGGGCACCCUGUCCCGCCUGUCCCUGGAUGAGGACGAGGAGCCCAAGUCCUGCCUUGUGGGUCCGGAGGGUGGCCUCAGCUUCUCCACGCUGCCCGGGAACAUCCUGAUGCCCAUGGCAGCCUCGCCAGGGCUGGGGGAGCCGCCGCCCCCCCAGGAGCCCAACCCCGUGUACAUGUGUGGGGAGGGCAGCCUGCGGCAGCUGGACCUCACGUGGCUCCGGCCGGGCGAGCCAGGCUCCGAGGGGGACUACAUGGUGCUGCCCCGAAGGACUCUGAGCCUGCAGCCUGGCGGUGGGGGUGGAGGUGGUGAGGAUCCCCCACGGACCCGGCCCGAGGGCACCCCCCGACGCUCUGCCAAGGCGUUGGCCCAUACCGAAGGCUACCCCAGCUUCUUAUCCGUGGACCACUCGGGCCUGGGGCUGGGCCCUGCCUAUGGGUCUCUCCAGAACCCCUACGGGAUGACCUUCCAACCGCCACCACCGACGCCCAGCGUCCGCCAAGUGCCCGAGCCGGGAGAGCGCAGCCGGACCAUGCCCCGCACUGUGCCCGGCUCCACCAUGAAGCUGGGCUCCUUGGAGAGGAAGAAGCUGCGGUAUUCAGACCUGGACUUUGAGAAGGUGAUGCACACCCGGAAACGGCACUCGGAACUCUACCACGAGCUUAACCAGAAGUUCCACACCUUCGACCGCUACCGCAGCCAGUCCACGGCCAAGAGGGAGAAGCGCUGGAGUGUGUCCUCGGGUGGGGCGACCGAACGGACUCUGUCCAGCGAGAAACCCAGUCCGGGGGAGCGUCCUAGCUUGUCCCAACAUCGGCGACAUCAGAGUUGGAGCACCUUCAAGUCUAUGACGCUGGGCUCACUGCCCCCCAAACCCCGAGAACGGCUGGCCCUGCACCGGGCAGCGGCCUGGGAGCCCACAGAACCACCGGAUGGUGACUUCCAGACAGAGGUGUGAGUGCCACGCCAGACUGCCCUCUGCGAAUAAAAAUACAUAUAUCUCUCUAUUUUCACACUCCACUUUGGAACUACCCGGGAGCCAGCGCCCCCUCCCCUCUCCCGAGGGCUGGGCAGGACGUGCGGUGGACUCAGCUGGUCUGGGGGAGCCAGACUCGGUGUCGCCUGGCGGGGGCCAGGGCCCUUCCCUGUUUCUUAGGGGCCCCUCAGGCACUGGAGCCCCAUCUUGGCCCCAGCCUGUCUGUCUCUGUCCUGGGCUGGGGAGGGGGGAGGGGAACUUUGUUGGGAAUAAACUUCA